UGAGUAUGUUUUGCUGAUUCAUUUCAAUUCAAUUACAAGUCUUUCCAUCAAGACUGGGAGUCCUGGGCUUUGUAACAAACAGAACUCAGUCAGUCUGAAUCAUCAACUGCACCUUCACCAUACAGACUGUAAGCACAGUGCAAAGUCCUAACUCUAGGCUUUCUUCACAUGCCUCCUUCUGUGGUACCAGAACAACAAUACCUGGAGAGCUGGAGAUAAUGAACACCUUCAUUUGGUCUUAUAUUCAGCGAAGAUCUCACCUGGCCCUACAACGAAACUAAUAAGGAAUUCAAAGCAAUAUCUGUACUUGCUCAGACGACUAAAGAAAUUUAGCAUGACUGCCCUUGAACUUCUACAAGGUAUUAUUGAAAGCAUUCUUGCUAGCAGCUUGAUAGUCUGGUUUGGAAGCUUGACUGUCUGGCAUCUCGGCACUACUCUUUAGUGAGAGGUCAGAACUGCUCAAACCAUCGCAGGAGCAGCCUAAACAUCACUAAAAGACCUUGAGCAAGUGCUUGUAGGUGCUUUCCAUGGUGGUCAGGGGUCAGUGUGGGCAUUCUGCAGCCAUGCAUCUCCAAGCACUGUCCAAAUCAACAUCUUCAUUACCCCCUACCCUCCCUGUUGGCAUGGCAAGCAGCAGCUCAUCAUUCCCACUAAUGAAAACCAAACCUCAGCAUCAGAGAUUGGUUAGUAAGGAUGGGCGGAGUCUUAUGCGCAGCCCUGCCUCCGGUGUACGGGAAACAUGGAUUGGGGCAUUUAAGGACAUGUGGGGGGCAUGGCUAUCCCUGCGUUGGCGGUGGGUGGUGUUGGCAUUCUGUGGCUCAUUCCUCCUCCACUGGCUUCUCUUUGCUGUACUGUGGUAUGUCUUGGCACGUGCCAAUGGUGAUUUGGGUGUUGACCAUGACAACCCACCACCCGGGCAUACGCUGUGUGUCAAAUAUGUCACGGGAUUCACUGCUGCGUUCUCGUUUGCCCUGGAGACCCAGUUGACCAUCGGAUAUGGGACAAUGUACCCUAACGCUGACUGCCCCACUGCCAUUGCCCUUCUUGCCCUGCAGAUGCUGCUGGGGCUCAUGCUUGAGGCCUUCAUCACUGGUGCAUUUGUGGCUAAAUUCUCUCGUCCACAGAAGCGUUGCAGUGGAAUCUUGUUCAGUCCUAAGGCUGUGGUGUGUGAAGUCGAGGGUCAACGUUGUCUAAUGUUCCGUGUGUGUAACCUGCUCUCAAGGCCACUGGUCGACGUUUGUGUAAGUGCUGUACUCUAUGAGGAACAGGACGACCACACAAUCCGCCAAACUGCCUUGGAUUUCCUGUUGGAUGGCCUAGGCUCGCGGCCUUGUCCCCUCUUCCUGUCACCUUUGACCUUUCUCCACCCCUUGACCCCAGAUAGCCCCCUGAAUCGUGCCAUGCCCCCGUCAGGCCAGUCACAGUUUGAGCUAGUUGUGUUCCUUUCCGCUUCCCAAGAGGGCACUGGAUCCGCCUACCAGAAGAGGACGUCCUAUUUGGCUGACGAGAUCCAAUAUGGCCGUCGUUUCACCAAAGCCGUCCUGCAUGGAGAGCGGCGAAACAGCACUCAAGCCAUGCGUUAUUUCGACACGCACAUUUGCCCACUUAUGGGACCCAACAAUUACAGCAACUCUCGGGACAAGGAGUGUGUGGUACAGGUCAACGGAGACGGUAACGAUGCAAUGGAAUAGCUGUGUGUGUGUGUGUCUUUGUGUGUCCUCCAUUUUUCCUCAUCCACUCUGUGCACAUGAAAGGGCAUUUCAUUUGAGAACAACAUUCAGAUAACUUUUACAUUUCAUUCCAUUGAUGCUAAUCACUAGCUAGUAAUUGGUCAGAUCACUAGCUAGUACCUCUCUUAUUGCUUAUCACAAGCUAGGAUCUUAAUCAUAUUUCAAAACAUCAAUUUAAAAAAAAACAUCUUAUUUCACUCAGUGGAGUAAUUCUAUACUAAUUGAUAGACACUGAAUUGCUAGGAGGAUGCUAAUCAAAAGCACGGAAGCAACCAGCAAGCUUAAAUACAAGUUAAAUCCUACACAGCCGAUCAUUUACAUCUUUUCAUGAUUGUUUUCCUAAAUAACAAUCACGGCGAUAAAGAUACACUGUGAAGCCACUAGCAUUUUAUUUCCACUCCACAGUCCAGAGUGAUUCUUCAGAUCUGCCUCCCGGCAUCAGCCAGAAACUUUAGCAUUUUUUGUUUUCCUUUCUCCGAAAUGCCCAGGUCAACUUUGAAAAUAAGCUCCUUCACGGAAUCGAGAUGCAGAAUGGAGAGAAAACCAGGAGUAUUUUCCACCUGCAAGGACUGGAUUUGAACAACACUGUUCUUCUGUAUCCAUAUCACACCAUCUGGACUUGAAAAAGAAAGGAACAGCAAGAAGGGUGGAUGAACAUUUAUGUGACGUUUUGCGAAUUAACAAUUAUUAAGUGAUGAUUUUAGAGUACACUGCUGAUAGCUAAACACUACUGCUUACAGCUAAUAAAUUAGUGUCAAAGGUGCCAGGUGAUUGUGGUACAAAUUAGCAAAAUAGCAUCAAAUAUUAAAGCUUGGAAACAUGCAGACUUCAAUUAGCUAGCCACUUGAAGGAAUGGGAACACAUUUGUUUGUUUUUUGUACAAUUUAAACAAAACCUAAGCAACAUAUUUAGCUCUUUAUUUAGCUUCGAGUAAUUAGAUCAAUCUUUCAAAAUGGAAAUAAUUAUACACAAUUCUAAGUGUUAAUGUACAGUGCUAUUAACCACUAAGCUAAGAACACUGUAGUGAAAUCCCAUUUACUCAAGUGGCAAAGCCUGGACAGUUUUUUGUUUUUGUCAUGAGACAUUUUUUUCCCACAUGAAGGAUGAGCAAUCACCGGAAUUCGCACAUAGAUCUGCAUGAUUAUACUGAUAGUCGCACACUGUAUAUUACUGUUUUUACUUUCCUAUUAAAACCUAGAUAACUCUCUGCAUUAUUAAAGUACUUAUCUUCUCUGAGUCUUUGCUCUGAAGGAUUUUAUGAGCAGAGGUAAAUUUUAGUCAUCGUUUUCCUCUUUAAGUAAUCAAUCUAAUAUAUACUGUAAAUCAGAAAUCAGAAAAUUUUAUAUCAGUAUUGCUUAUGUGUGUAAAACAUUGUGAUCCCUAAGAUCUUUUUUUUUCUUUCGUACCAAAUGGAAGACAUUUUUAAACACUGACUAUUGUUUGUACAUUAAACUGUGCGGAAGGGCCUGUGUGGCCUGUGAAAGAAUUACCAUCAUUUUGUAACAUAUAACAAGAAAGAGGAAUUAAAAUAAUAUUCAUAAAAAAUCA